AUGGCAGCUACACAAAAUGACAUACAACGAUUGAUUGAAUGUUGCAUUUGUUGUGACUAUCUUACCGACGUACGCGAAACUCCUUGUUGUCAUCAGUUGUUUUGCCAUGCAUGCAUUCUAUCAUGGCUGCAAACAUCAACAAAAAAUUGUCCACGAUGUCGAUCAACAGCACUCACAGAACAUAAUCUAACGAAAAAUUACGUUAUAGAACGUUUUGUUGACAAUCUUGAAUUUGAUUGUCCACAUAAAUUGCAAGGUUGCCCAGCAAAAAUACCACGAUGUGAUCUGCCAAAGCAUAAACGAUUAUGUUCAUAUUCACCGGAAAAAUUGGCUCGUAAAAAUCAAGAAAAAUUGGCAGAAUUACAAGCUUUAUUAAGAAAAUAUAAAGCUCCAAGAAGUCGUGUUACCGAUAAAGCUUUGUUCGAUUUGGCGAUAUUAUUUCAUGCCGAACAUCAAUAUGCGCAUGCAAGAGAAUGUUUAACAUUGAUUAAGACUAAGAAAAAAGUACCAGAAAUGGUAGUUCUUCAAGCACGCAUCGAACGAGAUGAUGGCCAUUAUGAUAAAGCUUUGGAAUUAUAUACGCAAGCUUAUGCUUCUGCAUCAUUGAUUCCCGAACGUACUGAAUUACUUUUAGACAAAGGCCACAUAUAUAUCAAAACAGCACAAUAUGGCCAAGCAAAAGAUACUUUCAAACAGGCUCUGGAUCUUUUAGAAGACGAUGAUCGUUCGCAAAAAAAAGCUGAAAUAUUGAAUGCUUUUGGUCUUGUAGCAAAAAAAUGUUCAGAAUAUGAUCAAGCUAUUUCAGCUUAUAAUGAUGCACUUGAAAUAGUUGAUACAAAUUCCGAUGUUUGGUCUGAGAUCAUAUCGAAUCUAGCUGACAUUCAUCGCAAGAAGGCUAAUUACAAUGAAGCACGCGAUCUCUAUUUAAAAUCUCUUAAACAGAUGGAAUCGAUUUAUGGGCAAAAUCAUCCAUCUAUUGCUGAUAUAAUGAAUAAUCUAGGAAUGUUAUCUAAAAAAGAAGGCAAAUAUAUUGAAGCAUUAGAUUAUCUUAAACAAGCAAUAAAAAUUUCUAAACAUUAUUAUGGUGACGAACAUCCAAGUAUUGGAAUAUAUCUUACAAAUAUUGGUGAUAUUUAUCGAAAACAGAGCGAUUUUAAAACAGCUGAAGGAACUUAUAAAGAAGCAAUAACAGCACUAGAAAAAGCGUUCGGACCAAAUCAUAUCGAAGUCGCUGAAGUUCUUAAUUCUAUGGGCUUAGUUUUAAAAAAACGAGCUGAUUAUGAUGGUGCUCAAAGCCAUUAUGAACGUGCUAUUCGUAUUGUACACAGUACAUUCGGUGAAGAUCAAGAACAUUACAAAUUAGGUGUUUAUUAUAAUAAUCUAGCUGAUGUAUAUCGUAAACGUAAUCAAUUCGAUACUGCAUUACAACUUUAUGCAAGAGCGUUAACUUCUAUUGAAAAAACACUGGGUCCUCAACAUUCGGAAGCAGCUGAAAUUUUACAUAACAUUGGACAAGUUCAACAUCAAUUAGGAAAUUAUAAAGAAGCGAUCGAUUAUAUAAAUCGAGCUUUAGCUAUUGUAAGAAAAGAGUUCGGUGAUAAACAUUAUAAAUAUGGAAUGUUUCUUAAUUCUCUUGGUCUAACAUAUGCCAUGAUCGAUGAUUAUACAACUGCCUAUGAACAUAUCAAACAAGCCUUACAGAUUCUUUUAACUGCGUUAGGAGGGAAUCAUGUUGAAGUCUGUGAUGUUUAUUCGAAUCUCGGUGAUGUUUGUAUGAAGCUUGUUGCGGAGUCUGAUCAACAGAAAACAAAAAAUAAAAAUCCCAAUGAAAAACAAUCAAAACUGGACGAAGCAAAAAAGUAUUAUACAGAAGCGCAACGUAUCGCACAAGCAACAUUCGGUGCUGAACAUACUAAAUCAAAGCAAUUUCUUUCUCUUUUGUUUAUUGUUGAUAAUUAUAAUUCAUUGUAA